AUGCCGAAGAAGUCCGCCAAAGCGUCGAAGAACGACGCGGUGGCGCGCGAUGCGGUGCGGACGGCCACGAGCGAUGAGGAAAUUUUGAGACAACGGAGGAGGAUGCAAGCAGUGCAACUGGCAGAUCUGGUUCUACUGGCCGCGGCAUGGGCGUUGUGGAUGUUGGCUGGUCUUUGGUAUUUCGUCUUUCACGGCCUGCAAGUGCCCUCCAAAGUGCGCUGGCUGCCCGUCAGCUGCCUGGAGGAUGCGGUUGGGAACUUCUUGGUGUGCGGCCACUUCUGUGGCAUGCUGGCGAGGUGUGCCCCACAGGGGAAUUGGCCAGCAUGGCGGAAACCGUGGUAUCUUGCUUGGGUAGCGGCCUUUGGGUGGCUGAGUUUCUUGUUCUUUCAGGCCUCCGCCCCGCUCCACGCGGCGCUGUGCGGCGUCUUGGCCUUCACCAUGCUGACCACCUGCCCCGCCGCCGCGGAAACGACCAGCGGCGCCAGCGGGAGCCACCAGGCGGACGCCCCACUCGGGCGGAGCCUGCUGUGCUUGGACGCUGCGGCGCUACUUCUGGGCGUCGGCCAGGAGGCGGCAGGAACCUCAUGGCAACGCAGCAGUGCGGCACUGGCGACCUCCAUGGCAUCAGUGCCACUGCUGAUGGUUGCGUUAGGGCUUCUUUGCUCAACCUCUGAGACCGAGAUUUUGUCGUCAAUCCCCGCGGUGAUGUUACAAUUGCUGAGCUUCGGUGUGUCCUGCGUGAUCCGGGAAGACUUCCUCACAGCCUCAGCGCUGGUGCUUCUCUUUCUGGUGCAUGCUGCGCUGUAUCUCCCGCUGCCUUCCAAUGACCCAGAAAGCAACCCCUUCUACAACUCCUUCAAGCGAUCUGUACAACGCUGCGUCAAGUUCAUGGCCCAGCCUGUCUCUGGCUUUGGCGAUGAGAACGGUUGA